AUGGCACUUUCAGAUUCCGAGGGGUCUGAUGUCGUGAUGGUCAGCCCGGGCGAUGUCCAGGAUUUCAACGAAGGGAAUAUUUUGCCUCUCCCGGCAAGUGAUCUGAAGAAGAUCAGAGAGUGGCUGCAGCCAACACCCUAUGAUCUGGAGGGCUCUGAAUUUUCACGGCACCUCGAGUCGUACCUGGCGGGUACAGGCCAAUGGCUUAUGUCUACAAGCACAUAUCAGCAGUGGCAUCAAAGCGACACGAACGGUCUGCUGUGGAUCAAAGGCAUACCGGGGUCUGGAAAGUCUGUCAUGGCUGCCUCAAUCAUCCACCAAAUACGCAAAGAGAAAGUUCCAGUCCUCUUUUUCUUCUUUCGACAGAUUAUCGAUGCAAACCAUCAACCAGUCGCAGUCCUACGGGACUGGCUUUGCCAAAUCCUCCCCUUUAGUCCAAGCUUACAGGCCGAAUUGAAGAAGGAUUAUAUCGAUGAGAGACGCUCUAUCGAUAGUUUAUCUGCUAACGAUCUAUGGAAAAAUAUUCGAUUUGCUCUCACUGCUUUCCCCAAGGCAUACUGCGUCGUCGAUGCCUUAGACGAAAUGGACCAUGGUAAUGAUGACUUCCUCCAGGCCUUAGUGGAGCUGGGCCAGUGGCGCCCCGCCAACCUCAAGGUUUUGAUGCUGUCACGCCCAGUCGUUGCAGUAGAAUCGCCUUUGAGACCAUUCUAUGUGCCCGUUCUACCCUUGGAUGAAAAGCUUGUCGAUAUCGAUAUCGCUGCCUACGUGCAGCACCGACUGCGAAACUCACCCGUGCCCGAGGAGUAUUGGACUCGCAUAACUGAAGCCGUUCCCGGUCGAGCGAAUGGUCUGUUCUUGUAUGCUAGGCUUUCUAUGGAUGCAUUUUCAAAACCUGGGGCCGAUGCUGGAGAUGUGCUCAACAAGUUGCCUGACAACCUGAACGUGAUGUAUGAUGGGCUACUACGCGAGCAUGCAGAGCACUCCAAUGUUCCUAAAGACCUCCAAAUGCUUAUUCUGCAGUCUACUACACAUACCACCCGCCCCCUUCGACUUCUUGAGGUCGCUGAGAUGAUCAAAGCGACUCAUACUCCACUUGGAACAUCUAGCUUGAAAGAGAUCAAAAAUAUUGUCCGAGCGGCUUGUGGCCCCUUGCUCCAGAUCCUUCAUGACGAAACCGUGUCGGUCGUUCACCAUUCUUUGACUGAGUUUCUCAAAGGGCUCACUCGCUCCACUGUCAUUGAUGAAGCAACUUUCCCAAUUUUGGAGGCCGGCCCAACUAAUCAUCGACUUGCUGUCGCAUGCUUGGAUUAUCUCAUGUCUGGCUGCUUAGAAAGCAUCGAUGCCAAGAAGCGCAAGAAGGAUAACCAAUAUUUCAAUCCUAAAAAAGCCCAGCAGAGUAAGAUCCGCCUGAAAUUCCCAUUCCUUAAAUAUGCAGCGAACAAUUGGUACAUCCAUACUCGCCGUGCCGCCUUGACUGGGAUGGAUUUGUCAUCACUUUACUCGGUUAUUGACGAGUUUUUUGGAAACAAGAAACUAUUCACCGCUUGGUUGGAUAUCGACUGGCCACAAGGUUCUAUUCAAAGUGUUACUCCGCUUCAUGCUGUCGCCAAAGCCGGGCUAGCUCAGUACGCCGCCCACUUGUUCCAAAAAGGCAACGUCGACCCAAAUGUUCAGAACCAUCACGGAGAUACACCUCUUUACUGGGCUGCCUUUAGUGGCCAUGGAGAUGUUGCACAACUUUUCAUUCAGAAAAGGGCAGAUCCUGACGGUGAAGCGAACCAAGGAUACAAGCCUCUUCAUGAGGCCGCCAGAAAAAACCACGCUGAUGUCGUCAAAGUCUUGCUUGCGGCUGGUGUUGAUCCAAUGACACCGAAGACAAAAGAAACUCCAGCCAGGCGCUGUGGCAAUGCACCGACAUCAGUUGGUCAUACUCCAUUGAUGUACGCAUGUCGCAAUGGUCACCUCGAGGCAGUAACUGAAUUUCUACCCUACCUAUCAGAGGGCAACAUCAAGAAGGCCCUUGGUUGGCUUUCAGGCUCAGGGCACGCGGCAUGUGUAUCUCUCGUUCUUCAAAACAGUGUCGUGGACAUGAAGUCACACUUCGGAGGAAGAAUUUUGUUCAAAGCCUGCUUGAACGGCGACCUGGAUACAAUCAAGGUUCUUGUUGGAGCAGGUGCGGAUCCCAACACUCGCUGUUCCUAUCCUGUGAACGAGUUUGGGGGCAUUGGUUCCCGCUUGCGUUAUCCAAUAAGAAUGAAAACCCCUGGAAAACGAGAGGAGCCCAGGGGCUUCACUUCUCUACAUGCUCUGAGUGGAAUCAACAAACGUAACGGAACUCACCAGAUCCCGCUGGAAUGUGUUUCAGUCGUCCUCCAAGCUGGCGCUGAUGUUCAUACAAAGUCCGAGGAUGAUGGCAAGACAGCUCUGCAUUUCGCCUGCGCAAACAAUAUAGAUAUUGUUCAGCUUCUUUUGGAAGCAGGGGCAGACCCUUACGCCAAAACCGACAUUGGAGCCACGAUACUACACACCGAUGGAAAGACUGACACCAAGCUUCUUCCUAUCCUGCUCGAUUCGGCAGCUGUUGAUAUCAAUAAGUUGAUGGCGGAGAGCAACGGCGGACCCUUGUUCAGUCGUCUUCGUGGUUACCAUUCCGAAAGCGGAAUUGAGAUUCUGAAGUACACCACGGACCCAAAUCUGACCGAACCAGACGGUAAUGGUUUUCUUCAUGCGUUACUUGUUCGGUAUAGAUUCUGUAAGCAAGAUACUGUUCUUGAGGCCUUGCUGUCCGCUGGCGCCGAUCCGAAUCUCCAAAACAACAAGGGCGAAACGCCACUGCAUACAAUGGGUGAUGACACCAAAGUUGAAUUAAUCUCCAAGUUGGUCAAAGCAGGUGCAGAUCUUGAGAUCCGGGAUUUGAAGGGUCAAACAACCCUCUUCAAGAGUCUUCCUGGGCAUUCGAAGGGCAUAUCCAAUUUUUCCAAAUCCCUCAUCAAUUUAGGCGCCCGACUGGACACACGGGACAACAAGGGCCGUACUCUUUUCCACAAAAUGGUCUGUAAAGUUGAAGCUCUGGAUGAUUUGAUAAAGAUGAUGGAUUUUGACCCUUCAGUCACCGACAAUGAAGGCAAUACGCUUUUCCUUGAGGCCGUUUUCGCAACUAGUAGAUCGGACAGCACGUCAAUUUUCAAACAUCUCAAAAGUCUGGGGGUUGAUAUUGACCAUCCUAAUUCCCACGGGUGGACAGUCUUGCAUCAAAUGUCCUUCCAAAAUCAGACUCACUGCCACACGAGUUCUUCUGCCGAGACAGCGUUUGAUUAUGUCCUCGGAGAGUGCAAGAAUAAAAGUCCUCAGGAUACAGACGGGAUUCAGCCUUUGCAUAUUGCUGCCGCUGUAUCAGAAUAUAAUGUUUUUGGGCUUCUCUGCUCUGGGGCUGAUAUGUUCGCCGUUACGAAAGAAGGCAUGACGGUUCUCCAUGUCGCAGCUCGAGCCCGACAACCUGGCAUAGUUGGUCUUGUUCUUUCCAGCAUGAUUGACCAUGAUGAUGAAACACGGAACACCUUCAUCAAUCAGAAAAAUGUGGAAGGAGAUACGGCACUUCACUUAGCCUGCUGUUCUGGUCGACCCGAGACCGUGGAUCUUUUGUUAAAUGCCGGCGCAGAUCCCAAUCUGCCGGGCAAGAAUGGAUAUACUCCAUUGAGAGCAUGUGCCAAUUUUGAAAUGGAACAAGUACGAUGGACGAAAGUGGGCAAAAAAGAGGACGCCGAAGCCCUCAAGAUCGCCAGCAUCUGGCUUGGUAUCCGAAGUCUGCCACUGGCAAAGGGUGAGUCCGAGGAGGGAGCCAAGGAGUCUCAAUGGGGAUCAAAUAGUGAAAAUGGUGCUUCAAGCUCGACGCGUCUAGAUGAGAUUCUCACCUCAUUGGUACUGCACAGCAAAAACCCUCCUUCGGACAAGGAGUCGCUUUGGGAAGCAUUCCAAGAAGCAGUAUCUAAUCAACGCGACUAUACCGCGGAAUGUUUGCUGCGGCUCCAGAAUCGUGUGUUCCCUAAACUGAACCUGAUAGAGGGACCGGGAGGCGACGGCUUUACCCUGUGCAAAACUCGCCUUCGAGGCGAAAUAUCGUCUCUCAGAGAGCAAGAAAAGAGGCGAAACGAAUGCAUGAACACAAAAGGUGGAAGCAUAGAUCUCCGCUUCGAACAAAUGGUUAAGUAUCUUCGUCUUGGGCACUACGGUCUAUUCGAGGAAAUGGCUUCACAAAAGGAUCUCCUUGUGUUAGAUUACACCCAUAUCUCUGUCAUCCACUGCCUUGUGGAUGAUGGUCUUUCAGAACUCUUAGAUCGUCUCUGUACUCCAGAGCAGGCUCUGAAGUUUGAUGACCACGAAUGGUGCGAACAUACCGAGAAUACCGGUUUUAGUUCCCGUUCCCGUUCCCGUGCUAGGACACUGCCGCUGCUGAUGCACGCAUGCCACCGGAACUUUCCAAAUAUGAAAGUGGUCCGAACACUUGUGGAAAAUAUGGGUGUGAACAUCGAUUCAAAGCGCAGGAAAAGGAUAUAUGGUGAUGGCAAUUAUAAGACCGUGUUGGAUCAUGCCGUUCUACAUGACCUCGCUGAGGGCAAAACUUGGUGGAACGUGCAUCAGGCUUUGCCGUACCUCAUCAGCAAGGGCGCGAAUCUGGAGGUCCGCGAUGACAAGGGGGAAACACCUUUGCAUAUCGCCCUCGACUAUGACAAGUCCAAGGGCGUCUUUUACAGGCAUGCUGUGGACAUUCUUCUGGAUCAUGGCGCAGAUGUCAACGCAGUCAACGCCUACGGGGAGACCUGCCUGUCAAAGGCUGGCGCUGAUAUUGACUUGAUCAAGUUGCUUUUGUCUCGUGGCGCCGCGAUUUCCGCCACUGCUAUAUUCGCCGCCAUUGAGUUUUGCAAUGUUGAGUUGUUGGAGCUCUACCUCUCCCAUGGUGAUGUCGCCAACAUACGGCGGCCCGCGCUAGAGCGUCGAGUAAGGCCUCAUGCCCUUCAAAAAACCAUAAUCCCAACUGCUGAGGAGUAUCCUUUGUUCUAUGCGGCAACUUUCGAACCCACUAAAUACUCAUCUCGCAAGGAGUUUGAUCUUGCUUCAGUUCGAACGGGCACAAUGACAGCGCUUCUUCGGAGUGGUGCAGACCCAUACGCCACCUUCGUUGAGCUCCAUCGAGUAAAGGAUGACUCUCUCGUUGAUGGCCACGAUUCGGACUCGGACGAUGUGCAUGCUGGUUCCAAAGAUCGAUGGGAACCCAAAACCCGCACUGUCAUCCAUGAGAUCUUGACUAAAACGGAGGUGUUCGAGCCACUGCUUCAACAGUCGUCUCUACAACUGGAAUGCCGAGAUGACAAAGGCAGAACUUUGAUCCUUUGUACUAGUAAUCCCGAGGUAAUUCGACGCCUUGUCGACCGUGGGGCUGACAUUACCGCUCAAGACAAAUCUGGCAAGACCGUUGUUCACGCACUCAUAGCCCGCAAAGCGCAAGAGGAAAAUAUCAGCAUCAUGCGGGUUCUCUUUGACAAGGAUCCUAGCAUUGUGCAGAUAGGGGAUGAAGCCGGUGAUACUCCGCUCCACUAUGCGCUUCGCGAAAGGGCGAUACAGUUCGAAUAUGUCGAUCUACUACUUGAAUACGGAGCAGAUCUGCACCAACCCGAUUCAAAAGGCGAUACAGCUCUCCAUAUCCUUUGCAGAAGUGCAUCUAAUCACAAGACACGCAUCGAGCAGUUCUUGGCCCUCGGGCUGGACAUAAACGCACGCAACAAGAAAGGCGAAACUCCCCUCAUGCACUGUCUUGCGGGGGGCAGAUUACGAUCUAGUAUUUGGUCGUACAGUGGCGACAGUUCCAGCGACAAUGACAGCCUGAUCUUGCUCCAGGAUCUUGGUGCCGAUUUUCACGCGCGAAACGACGCGGGGAUGUCGAUGCUUCAUGUAGUUGCUCGCAGGAAGGUGCGCGAUACCAUUGGUGUUCGUGGGCGGGAUAUUAAAGACAAUAUGGAAAACCUAGUCAGUUGGUUCGGCUUCAUCAUGAGCUUGGGUGUGGAUCCUAUGCUUGAGGAUGCUCGGCAGCGAACUUCUUUGGAUCACGCAGCUGCUUAUGGCAAUGAGCAUAUUUUGAAGUUGUUCAAGCAGAAGGACGCCCAGGAGUGA